GUGCAGCUCUUUAAGGUCUCCGACGAGGAACAAACUAAUUAAAACGUUUGUGUGUAAUCGACAUUCAUCGACAUUGCUAUGCAUUUCACGACUUUCACGUUUCUAUCCAGUUUUUACCUGAUGAUUGAUCGGACAUUUUCGUCGAAAGCUCUGGUGGCGUCGUGUCAGUAAGCUCAUUUUUUCCUCAUACUUUUGAAAGCUAGCUCCAGCCAGCGUCGACCCGAAGCCUCACUGCAACAUCCCAUCACUUGCAAGCAGCAAUGCAGAAGACAUGACGAUAAAAAAGCAGGCAGACCUGUCUACCUGUCAGUGAAGGUGUCUGAGAAUAAUCUCCUCUGUGUUGAUCGUUCAACCUAACAAAAUGAAUUUCUUGCGUAAUCGUCUUGUUAUCCUGGGCCUGGUGUUGUUGGCCACGUUACUGCUGUACCUGCUGCUGCCAUCCAUCCGACAGGGCAGCAUGGAGCCGUCCCUAGACGCUCAAAGAAUGGGGCUAAUGGCCACCCCUCCUCAAAUUCCAACCAUCAAUGUGACUAUUCGCACUGGACAGCUACCUGGGGACCCUCCACUGUUCUUCAGAGAAGCUUUACCUGUUGAUGGAGCUGGACGACAGAUAUUGCCAAAGCUGCAAGUGGUCCUUCUGCAUGGCCAGGCCUUCACAUCCAAAACCUGGGAAGACCUUGGUACAAUGGCCCUGCUGGCAACUAAUGGAUAUCAAGCCUUAGCAAUGGAUCUUCCAGGAUAUGGAAAAUCGCCGGACUCGGAGGGUUUGAAGACUGAUCAAAAUCGAGUGGACCUACUUUCAAGGUUCAUGGAGUCUUUGGGUGUCAGGACAGCAGUGCUCAUGAGCCCCUCCAUGAGCGGACAUUACUCCAUCCCCUUCCUCAUGAAGAACACCGCUCAGCUGCAAGGCUUUAUUCCCAUAGCACCAGUCGGUACCCGAAGUUACACUCCACAGCAGUACCAAAAUAUUCAGAUUCCCACUCUAAUUGUGUUUGGAGCCCUGGACACAAAUCUGGGUGCCCAGUCCCACAAGAACCUCAUACAACUUCCACACCACUCCGUGCUGAAGCUAGAUGGAGCUCGCCAUGCAUGCUACAUGGACAAAACCAGAGAAUUUCACCAAGGGUUGAUGGACUUCCUCGGGAAACUAAAGUGAGAUUUCUAGGGAGGCAGAUGAGUUACAAAGAUGGAAGCAAAAAAAAGAAGAGGAAAUAGUCAUGAACUCUAGAUCUACAUUAUUCUCAUAUUAUCUUCUCCUUAAGCAAAGACCUUAAGGCAUGGAAGUUGGUUUGAAUACAUGUCAAAACAGCAUGUAAGACCUCAUUUAACAUUAUAGUAUUUCAGAUGUUUCCAUUAUAGAAGUAUCUUUUUCAAUGUUCCAUCUUGUCACCUAAAAUACUAGUUCAGCUCAGCUUGUUGUAAAAAAAUAGCUUACGUUAUGUAUUGUGGUGAUUUUUGUUUCCUGUCUCUCUUUGCAUGUAAAACAUGUUAUAUGUUGGCUUCGCUGUUACCAUUUUUGUAGGUGACGUGUAGGUUGCUGUAAAUAUGCAAAUGUUGCAGGUGUCUGUGUUUUAAAUAGCUUCUGUUAGCCUCACAUUUGAAGGAUUUAUAUAUUAAGAUCUGGUAACCAUUCAAGAAAACAUGUUUAGCAAGACAAACAGAGUUGAUACACACUGUUAUAAUUAAAAAGAAGAAACCAUAUACAAUAACAUUUAUUUAUAUGAUGAUGAUGAUGGUCAUAUCUAAAAUAUUUGCAAUACGUUGGACAAUCAUGCAAAAAAAACAACUUAAAAUUAGAUGUGUGUGACUUUAAUAAAACUGAAAAUGUGUGUUUUGUAUGUUUCAGUUGAUAAAAUGCCAUGAUUUGGAAACCUGAGGUAAUUUCUGAUGGUGUGUCUUCACAAGAAAUGUUCUGCCAAUAUAGCUGUACGUGUGAAGAAAAAACUAAAACUAACAAUAUUAAAGAAACAUUACGAUACCAACAGUGGUACAACAGUGGUUGGAUAAGAUUAAUUCCGAAUUCCUUUUAGCAUUUUUAUGGUUUCAUUCAGCACUAAAGGUAGAUCGCCCUUUUAUAUGUUCCAGUUGGUCUCCAUUGAAACCGUUUGUCCAUUAUUUAAUAACACACACCUGUACACAAAUAUACUCAAAUAAACCAA